AGCUGACAGAGGCGAAUCCGUGGCAGCAGCAGCAGCAGCAGCAGCGGCGGCGGCAGCGGGGAUGGUUUAACUCCACAACUUCAGCCUGUCUGCGGCCGGUUCCCCCCCCGCGUGGGUCGGUGGGUGAGUCCGCGCGCCCUGAGGUCCGGGACUAAGAGCCGGUGACGGACAUGAAGGAGGAAACGCGCGGCGGAAGUCACACUGACUGGGACUGAGUGGGAGACUCCGGCGGCGCGUGGAUUUUAACUCAUCCUGUCCUGUGAUUUCUGAUGGCAGCGGAGCGUGGCGUGGCUGCCCCCGGAGACACGCGGAGGGAGCAGAGAGAGGCCUGGCUGCGGCGCGUGUCACUGAGCUGAGCGUUUGAAGCACCGACUGUGAGAUUCAAGAUGUUUUUGCUGCUUUCGCUGCUCAUCAGGCCUGCAGCCGGCGCAGCGAGCUGCAGGAGUGAAAUGGAGCUGCUGGCCGGACACGUUUGACCGGACAUGGAGGCUUUCGGAGAAGUCAACGCCACGCAGGAGGAGCUCCACUUCCUGCCCCCGCCUGACAGCGACCCCAACAACCUCGGUUACCAUGACUACCCCCCAAACAUCGGCAUCCUCCCCCCGGUUCUGCCAGCCGGAUUCGAGGGGGUGAAUUUUCCAGAAGACCCCAUCCGGCUGCUGAGCGUUCAGGUGGUGUUGAUCUUGGCCUACAGCACCAUCAUCGGGCUGGGGGUUCUGGGCAACUCGCUGGUCAUCUACGUCAUCUAUCGCUUCAAGACUCUGCGGACCGUCACCAACUUCUUCAUCGCUAAUUUGGCCGUCGCCGACCUGCUGGUCAACACGCUGUGCCUGCCCUUCACGCUGGUCUACACGCUGCAGGGCGAGUGGAAGUUCGGCAGCACGCUCUGCUUCCUGCUGCCCUACGCCCAGGUCCUCGCCGUGCACGUCUCCACGGUGACGCUCAACGUCAUCGCCCUGGACCGCCACAGGUGCAUCGUGUACCACCUGGAGACCAGGAUGAGGAAGGAUGUGUGCUUCGGGGUGAUAGCGCUGACCUGGGUGCUGAGCGCCGUGCUGGCCAGCCCCAUGGCCAUCUUCAGAGAGUACGGCUCGUUUGUGCUGGACCCGGGCCACACCUUACAGUUCUGUCGGGAGAAGUGGCCCGGUAAAGGAACGGACGGAACGCUCUACAGCAUCUCCAUGCUGAUCCUGCAGUACUUCCUGCCGCUGUCCAUCAUCUCCUUCGCCUACGCCCGCAUCUGGUCCAAGCUGCGCGGCCACGUCAGCCCGGCGGAGAGCGGCGUCAACAGCAGCGCCAGCUCCGAGCGACACCGCCGCCGCCGCAAAACCACCAAGAUGCUGGUGACCAUGGUGGUGGUGUUCGCCGUCUGCUGGCUGCCCAUCCACGCCUUCCAGCUGGCCACCGACAUCGACAGCUCCGUGCUGGACAUGCGCGACUACCGCCUGCUCUACACCAUCUUCCACGUCAUCGCCAUGUGCUCCACCUUCGCCAACCCGCUGCUGUACGGCUGGAUGAACCGCAACUACCGCGCCGCCUUCCUCGCCGUCUUCAAGUGUCGCAGGGACCGCGGGCGGGGCGGCCGGCUGGACAGCAUCCACCCCGUCGGCGGAGGGGCGGCCGGCGCGGCGAGGGCCAAGAAGAUCGUCCUGGAGACGCAGGACCCGGUCUCCACGCACCUGAACGCCACCGACGUGUGACGACCGCUCGCUGGAACGGACGGAGAUGAUGGAGGGAGUUUGUCAAGCCGGGGAGGACGAGGGAGUGAUGGAGGACUCAGAGUUGUGGAACAAUUGAAGCGGCGUGACGUCGACGUGAUGGAGAACUCCCAAACGACGAGGAGGGGGAGGAAGAGGAGGAAGAGGAGGAGGCGUCCUCUGGGGCGUCGGUUCAAGUCAAAUUCAUCUCCAUCAGACAAGUUCAUGAGUGAAUCAGUUCAGCUUGGUGAUGCAUUCUGGGAACAGGGCUGAACUCUGCAUGUGAAGCAUUCAUUUAACCUGGAGUGGCUUAUUAAAGUCAGGCUGCUUCCCGAAACUCAGCCUCUGCGUUUGACACGUGGAAGCUGGACAAAUUUAGACGGAUCACGUUGAGAGGGAAGGUUUUGUUUUCUAGACGGAGGAGGAGAAACAAAAGGUUUGUGUUUUACAUCAGCUGAGCUGGAAACGAUCCCUGCUUUCCGCCAACACAUGAAUGUCCAACCAGACUGUCUGUCGCUUUACGUGGCUGAUCCAGUCGCAACUUUGUUAUUUUUGAUAAAACGUUUUGCUAAUUUCUGCUGUAAAUUUGUGAUUCGGUCCGGCUUGUUGAAGAAACGUGAGCGCCGGAGGUUUUUUUUUAAAUUAUUUCCAGGUUUUCAAAAAGGUUUGUGCUUUUGGUGCAGAGCUGAUUCAUACGCAUGGCUGACCGAGACGCAGGAAGCUGGAUGAGGGACAGGAAGUGACCAGGCGUCUCUGAUCCUUCACCAUCACUUCUGUCCAUUUUCAGUUAUUUUUUCUACUUCCUGUUUUGAUCCUGUUGGUGAGGCAGAGGAACAACAGUUUGCUUUUUUCCCCCGUUGCAUCGAUCAGCAACUCCUGAUUUGCAACAUUUCAAAAUUACGUCGGAUCAGUUUUCUAUUUAUUCCAAGAAAAUAUUAAAGUAGUGUAAGAAAUCUUAAGAUAUUUUAGUUUUAUUUUCAUGUUGUAACAAUUUCUUGCACUGAAAAGUCCCUUUAACAGAGAAGCUGGCCCGCAGCAUCACACAUCCUCCCCCCUGCUGAGCGGUGGGCAUGAAUACCAGUUAAAUUUGCUUUUUGUUUCAAACCUGACGCGUUUUUUGAAAAUAUAAAAGUUUCUAACUUGGCAGAAAUUAAACCCACAACUAAAAUAAGUUACUUCAUGAAAUAAUGGCACAAAUAUGUAAAUAAUUUCAGAUACAGAUAUUUUUUGAAACACCAUAAAGUAUCAAAAUAAUAGCGAAAAUAUUUUUUUGGAUCCAGGUUCUUGGCCAUCAUUAUAUCUACAAGCACAAAUAAAUUAUUGCAAAAAAAAAAAAAAAUUAAGAUUAAAUAAAAAAAUAAAAGAUUUAAUAUCAAGAUAGAUGAUAAUGUAAAAUAUGAACCUUCAUUCGUUUGUUCAGACGAAACGUCAGGAGGAUUUUAAACCUGAGUGAAGUUGGCCCCCCCACCUUCAAAUCAGACAAUAUUGGUGACAAACGUUUGUGCUACGUUUGUGCAGCAACAUUUUUUGUUUGUGCUGCUUUGGCUUUGAAGAUAUUAAUGAAAGU